CGCCAGUUAGUUGCUCGUCACAUGUUCGACACUCAAGUAGCCAAGAGCCCAGGGAAUAGGAAUAUAGGAAUAGCCGAGCGCCAACCGAAGACCGAUCGAGUGUGGAGCAGCCACCGUUAGACAGUAAAAACAUAGCAUCUGUGACAGUGACAGUAACUCCUCCCAACUGAGAGCCAGGUGCGCAAGCAAGUGCAGCUAUAAUCAAAUCAGAAAUCAAGCAAUCGCCUUGCCUCCAAUCAGAAACCCAUCGAGUACGAUCGCCACAUUUCUCGAAGCUUUUCGGCAAGCUUCCGCUAACAGAAACGCGUGGUCCGAAAAACGAAAAAUAACGAAAAUCAAACAAGGCAAGCGAAAAAGUGAAAUUGAAAUUCGAAUUCAAAGUCAAAAUCAAAUCAAAAAAAAGUUGGGAGUUAAGUGAGCGCCAAUAUCGCGUGUGCAUCUGUGUGAGUGAUCGUUUCUCAGUGUGUGUAUAUGUGUGUCCGUGCAGUGCAACGGUAUUCAAAACCCCACCAACCAAAAAAAAUAAAGAAGCCGCAGGAAAAACGGUAAAAAGAACAACUCAGGCGUUAGUUGUCAGUAAAAUUUGAAAAUAGACUUACGGUUUGGUUUCUACGUUACCGUAGCAAUCCUAAACCAGAAUCGAAACCGAGUACCGGAUACCGAUCGCCAUCCUGGCCAGCCGUACGCUUUUCGUGUGAGGCGCCAGCGGUUCCAAGGAACGGUGAAUUCCACCCACACCCUGCUGCCCGUCGUCGAUAGCAUACCGAUACCGAUACCAUAACCGAUGUCGACUGCCCAGUGCUCUUUAUAACUCUUUGUUUUGCCUGCUCUCUGAUCAGAAAAGCCCCACCACAGAGAGAUUGCAUUCGAUACGAUAGGAUUCGGUUCGGUUCUAGUAUAUCCCAAUAGAACAGUAGCAAGUACGUGUGCUCUGCACUGAGAGAAACAGAAGAGACGCUUACUGCUUGGAGUUUUUGGGGGCACGAGCUGUCCGAAUUGUUCAGGAUAACAACAGCGAAGAGAAUAGCAAGUUCACCAAAAAGACGCAAUUAAAAAAGUGUUAGCAAGUGUAUAAGAAAAAAAAAUACAACGAGCCGAAACAACAUUAAUGAAUUUCGUGAUUAAAAACAUUUGAAAAGGUACAACAAAAGCUCAUUUAAUAUAAAAAUAAGAAGAACGCAAACAGCAAGCGAAAUAUACAAAAUAUAAAAUCGCGGCGCCAACAACAAAACGUGGCACAAACGAAAUACAAAAAAAAGCUCCUCCAACGAAAACGAGAGCGAAUGCGCGCGCGCGAGUGAGAUAGAAAAAAGCAGAGCAAAGCAAACGAAAGCAACGCUGAGCAGCAGAGCGAUUGAGUGAGAGACAACAACAAAACAAAACCGCAAGCAGAAGCCGAAAGCCAAUUGCGCACGGAACGUAGAACGGAGAAAACUAACGGAACUCUAAGCAAAGCAGCAGGACGGAUAACGGUUAACCAGGGUGAAGCAGCGCACAAAGAGACAAUGGUAAACAAGGUGAGUGGCAAGAAGGCGGACAAGGACAAGGAGCGGCAGCAGCGAGAGACGGCAAUGUUGCCGGCGGCGGGCAACAACAGCAGUAACAACACGAGCAACACCACAAACAUUAGCAACACAAUCAACGUCAGCAAUCCUAGCAACAUAAGCAGCAAUGUCAGCAACAAAACCAAUAAUAAGACUAACAAAAAAGGCUCGAAUGCCAAGACCAAGAAUGCAGGCAAAGGACAACCACAACAGCAGCAGCAACAGCGCAGCAGCAAAAAAGCGAAGCCGCAGCGGCAACAGAUCUUUCUACAAUCUUUGCCACGCGACAGCAGCAACUACAGGAGCAACAGCAACAAUAAAAAUGUCAACAAAAGUGGCAGCAACACAAGCUGCAACAACAGUGGCAUCACAACGGACACACCGGCCACCCCGGACCUCGCAGCGGCCAAGAUUAAUCCCGCCGAGCUGCUGACCGCGGCUCUGGCCGUGCCCUGUGCCAAAUGCUCCAAGCCAUCGAUGAUCUCCAGUUUGACCACCGCCGUGACCGCCACCUCAUCCUCCACCUCCGCCUCCUCCUCUGUUUCUUCUUCAUCGGUGUCCACCGUCUCGUCCAGUUCGGGAUCUGAGACCGCCAGCAAUUACAGCGAUCUCAAUUAUCCGGAACCAACUGUCUACUCUGGCAAGCAGUAUCGCAAGUCCAAGUCCUAUAUGGGCGUGUCCCAGUACAACGGCUCCGUCAAUGCGUAUCAGUCGGGAUCGGGAUCAAGUCGCGGGCCCAGCACCGGGGGCAACCACGUCGCCUACAGACGCUCCCACAGCGAUCGGCGGAAUUCGUUCGACCGCAGCUUUGCCGAAAGAAAUCGCGACUUUGUGCCCAUUGUGCCGCCAUCGCGUCCGGUCUUGUCGUCGUCCAACAUAGCCGGAGUCAUGGCCAGUGCCACCAAGCUGACGAUUAUAGAGCGGUUCGGCAAAGGACGUGUCGCAUAUCCCAUAAUGCAGUGCGGGACACUAGACGGAGCCGAACCGUUAUAUCAUCAGCAGCGAAGCAACAGAAUGGACGUCUACCAGAUCGACGAUGGUUUCCACUCGGAUGGCGGCACUGAGACACCGCCACCGUCGCCAAGCUCGGGAUCUUCGAUUGCCUCGACAUCGGACCAUGGAUCCCUGGAGAGCGUCGACACCGGUGGGACGCAGCGGCUGGCCGUGCUCUCGUUUGAGCAGGUGAGCAAGCUGCACAAUGUGAUGGAUGAAAAGGUGGCCAUACACGGGCGCGGUAACUUUCCCACACUGGAGGUGACGCUCAAGGACCUGGUCAAUCUGGUGCGCCGCAAGCUGGAGGCAGAGGUGAACGCCGGCGGCGCCGGGGUGUUAGUUAAGGACAUCCGUCUCAACGGCGGGGCAGCUAGUCAUGUUUUAGCCAGCGAGGAUCAGCCGUACAAUGACCUGGACCUGAUAUUCGCCAUCGAGCUGAGUUCGCCGCGCGUCUUUGAUCGCGUCAAGGUGGCCGUGCUCAACACAUUGCUCGACCUAAUGCCCGAGGGCGUCUGCAAGCGGCGCAUCUACACGUGCUCCCUGAAGGAGGCCUAUGUUGGCAAGAUGGUCAAGGUGAAUAAUAACAAUGACGGCGACCGUUGGUCGCUCAUCUCGCUGGGCAACUCGCCCGGACACAAGAACGUCGAACUGAAGUUCGUGGACACUAUGCGGCGACAGUUCGAGUUCUCUGUGGACUCGUUCCAGAUAGUACUCGACUCGCUGCUGCUCUUCUACGACUGCGCCGCACUGCCCAUCUCGGAGAACUUCUAUCCAACGGUGGUCGGCGAGUCUGUAUAUGGAGACUUCCAGGAGGCCCUUUACCAUUUGCAAAAGAAACUGAUCUCAACGCGUCAACCGGAGGAGAUACGAGGCGGCGGCCUGCUCAAGUACUGCAAUCUAUUGGUGCGCAACUACAAGGCCGUCGACUCGCAGCUCAUCAAGACCCUUGAGCGAUACAUGUGCUCGCGCUUCUUCAUCGACUUCCCGGACAUCAAUACGCAGACGACCAAGCUGGAGGCUUACUUGCGUAACCAUUUCUGGGGCGUCGAUGAGGAACCGCUGCAGUAUCAGUACCUGAUGCAUUUACGCGAGGUGGUUGAGAUGUCGACUGUCUGUCUAAUGGGGCACGAGCGACGCCAGACGCUCCAUCUCAUUCAGUCGCUGGCCGCCCAGGUGCUCUUCAACAAGCAGGAGAAGCAACAGCAGGAACAGUACCAGCAACAGCAGCAGCAGCAACACCAGCAACAUCAGCACCAACACCAGCAGCAGCAACACCAGCAGCAGCAACGUCAGCAGCAUCAGUUCCUGGACACAGCGCAGCAGCAACAGCAGGCACAGACGCAACAGCAGCCGCAGCAAGCCACCACAUUGACUUUGGUCUCGCAGGCGCCGCCAACGGCCCAGGCGCCGCAGACCAUUUACGUGCAGCAGGCCGCUCCCGCUGCCGUCUGCUGCACGAGCAGCACGGAUCAGACGGCGACGGCUGCUCCACAGACCAUACAGAUACAGGCCGGUCCGCCGGGACUCAUCUACGCCAACGGCGUCUACUAUGCACCUGUGAUCCCCAGCACCAUCUGCACGUGCAACUCCACCUGGCUGAGCACGUGAUUGGAGCAGCAGCAACAGCAUCAUCAUCAUCAGCAGCAGCAGCAGCAUCAGCAACAGCAACAGCAACAGCAGUUCCAGCAGCAACAUCAACAGUGGUCAGAGA